UGGGCGCUGUCUAAGGUGGACACGUUCAAGGUCAACGACAUCGUGCGUGUCCUUGGAGACAAGAAAAGGGUUGAGCUGAUGCAAAAGAACCAUGGAGGCUGGGAUGAAGAGAUGGAUAAGGCGAUCAAUAAGGUGGGUCGAGUCGUCAAGAUCGACUCAGACGGGGAUGCUGCAGUUGCGUUCGGACAACAGACCUGGGUAUUUAACCCUGCUUGUCUCCGUCCAGCACCAGGAGUCAACACCGACACCCUAGAGGUUCAGGAGGAUUUCAGCACCUCCCGGUCAUCAGGCACGGCUGCCGAUGAUAUGUCAGAUGGAUUGACCCGUAUGAUCGCACAUCUUUUGGUACUGGACGCUUUGGCAGGCAGAGCUGUCGGACCGGAACAGAUCGUCACAGCAGCUGCUAAAGGCAAUGUGUCGGUUGUCAAAAGCCUGCUCGAAAAGAACAAAGAUCUGGCUAACUGCACCUUUAAGAACCUGACGCCUCUGAUGAUAGCCGCGCAUGAAGGUCACGAGGAGGUGGUCAAACUUCUGGUGAACAAUGGCGCCAAAAUUAAUGCCGAAAACGCUGAGAAAAGCACGGCACUACUGACCGCCAUAGCCGGGAAAGAGGAGACUAUUGCCACCUAUCUAGUACAGAAAGGUGCCAAUGUGAAUGCGGCAAACAGACACGGCCGCUCGACAGCCCACACUGCCGCGUACGAGGGCAUGAACAACAUUCUCAAAGUGGUGCUGGAAAAGGGCUGCAAUCCAAACGUUCAGGAUGCCGAUGGGGACACGCCUCUGCAUGAUGCCAUACUGAAGCGGAACGACAGGGGAGUUAACCUGCUACUCAGUCACCCGAACCUUGAUGCCAAAGUCACUAACCAAGGGGGCUUCACCACCCUACAGUGGGCCGCGUUAAAAGGCAACGAGUUUGCAACAGAGAGGAUUCUGAGUAAGGCCCCUGCAGUAGUGGACGUUAAGAAGACUGAUGGACACUCGGCCCUACACAUCGCCGCCAUCAACAACCACAGCCAGAUUGCCAGUCUCCUUAUCCUCAAGGGCAAAGCUACCAUUGACAUCAAGAACCAGGAAAACUUGACGCCAUUACACCUUGCCGCUCACCAGGGUUACCUCGAGACCGUACAGGUACUACUACAGAACGGCGCCUCCGUGACCGUGACUGACCAGGAUGGAGACACGCCUCUUCACGUGGCACUGAUGGGACACAGGGGCGGGGCAGGGGACCCAUUGCUACAGCUGUUUGGCCUAACGAUGCGCGCCAAUGUUCAAGAAGACAACGAACGCUGUAAGGUGGCGGGUAAGCUCAUAGAGAAGGGAGCUAACCCUCAAGCCAGGAACAACAGAAACAAGACCCCCCUCGAAGUCUGUCGCAGUGAAAGGGUGAAGGAGGCCGUCAGCAACUUCGCCGCAAAAAUGCGUCCCUCGAGGCGACCCCAGGCAGCCCAGCGUACCCUAGGGGAACAGUUACUGGCUGACCUAUUCUCGGAGCUCCCUUUACCAUGCGCUUUGUGUAAGGAGCGCUUGUCGGACGCACGGUUUCUCCCUUGUCGUCACAAGGUGUCGUGUAGGACCUGUUGCCUCAAGUUCCGGUGCUGUCCGAUGUGUAAACAGGAUGUUGCUCGAUGCGUGGGCAUGGACGGCAGACAGAUUGUGGAGGUUCCUUGUCAUGUGCAGUAAUAUUCUCGGACUUGAGUCGUGUCCUUGUCACUGAGUUGUUCCCCUUUGGGGAUACAGACGGUUGUAGCUAAUUAGUUAAGUUACUAGUGACUCUAUAUCCCUGUAUAAUGUGUUAUAAACGUACUCACAUGUAGUGUUUAAUUGUAACCAAUUAAUAGGACAGUGUUCUAUUUCUUAUCGACAUAUUAAUAAAUAUUUAUAUAAGAUUCUAUGACAAAACGUGAUAUACCGGGAACGUCUAUAAAUGUCUCAUUGUGACUUCGUGAAGAGGAAAAUAGUAAAUAGUUGGCUUAAUAACGGGUUCCUUUGAAGGAAGUUGAAGACAGGAACUGUUAGAAAAUAAAGGAAAAACUUCGAGAAAUGGUAGGCUAAAGUAAGUCGGUAAAUAUAUGUAUACGUUACGUUAUCUCUGAUACUGAGAUAAUGUUGAGAGUAAACCUUAGGUGAGCGUAUCUGAUUUAGGAAUCAGCGGUCAUUACCACUAUAACUCGACUAGAGCUGUAAAUGGGUGUGACACACUGAUGUCAUUGUUAAAGGUAUCAUUCACGAUCGAGUCUUAGAGACCGAAAAACUACAAAUGUACGCUUUUCCAUAAAUCAGAUUAAAUCUAAUCAUUAACAACCGAUUUCAUUUAUGGAAAAUGUAGAUAAUUUUUAUGUAUCAAAAUAUCUUAUCAAAUUAUUUCCAAAACUAAUAUGUCUGUUUUACAGUGCAUAUUUACAUGUAUUAAGAAAAUAAUAGUUAUUCGCUCGGCUAACAAUUGUGUUAGUUAUGAUAAUUAAUGUAAACUAAACAAAUACACUGUUACUGAUUGCAUUCAGCCAAAGUGAUUCAGUGUUUAAUGUAAAUUACCCAAUAGGAGGUAGUGACAAUGUCGGGAGAAUUAGAGGAUGAAUUACCAAGGAUAGAUAAUAACACGUUGUAAAAACUGGAGAUACUUAUAUUUGAUUGGAGAAAAAAUGUAUAUGUCAAAGCGAGAUAAUAUCGGAUUAUAGAUAUGAUGGGGGGAGGGGAUAUAUAAUGACUACAGGCUGAACUGUGAUACUGACGACGUUGUUUAUCUGGUUGUUUCAUGUUUAAUGUUUUUUACUAAAGAAAGUACUGCUUAAUGUUGAAAAAAAAUGUAAAUAUUGAACUACUGUUAUUGUAUUGUAUGGCUGUCCUCGAGGACUGAGAGUCUACCGACCUAUUUCUAGUUACUAAUUGGCGUUAGGAGUCAAACAUCUAACGCCAAUUAGUCAAUAGAAAUAAGUCGGUAGAAAGCCUCUCUUUGAGAGUUUAUAAGGUCUAUUUACUGAGCCAUUCAUUACAUUACAUAGACAUGUUUUAUGCUGAAACUAUUUUGUCAUUUAUCCUGCAUUGUAUUAAUGUGAUGUUUGGUUUCCAGGAAUUGUCUGUACUGCGAAUUUCUUUGAAUAUGUUUUGAUUGUUGUUUUAAUUGUACGCGGUAAAUUAGAUCUAGAACACGGAGUAUAUGAUAAGUUGAUACCAUUGGCUGUGUGUUUGAAUACUAUGGAACCUCGUUAGUACUGUGUACUACAUAUUCACGACACCUGGAUUAAUGUUACAGCCAUUAUUGGUAGUCGCGACCAGUAGCGCUCCAUAACGUAGUCGUAUAUUAUAUGUUUUAAUUUGACUAUUAUGUUGUAGUUUUAAUUUGACUAUUAUGUUGUAGUUUUAAUUUGUCGUGGUUCAUCUUAUAUAAAUAAACCUUUGGUAAAUUA